AGCCGCCCCGCGCCUGCUCAGUCCGGGAGCAGCGGCCGGUCGCUUCCUGCUCGCCGCUGCGAGGGUGUCACUGUGCCAGAGGGCACCGCCAAGUCACUCGCAGGGGAGGGGACGGAGCAAGCAACCGAGAGGCCGGGCGAGGCGCAGCAAGUGGGAGCCGCCUGCCCUUUAACCGACUCAGUGUUCCACCCCCUUUUAUACACAAGCCCCGGCAGCGAGCGGGGACAUGUCGAGUGGCCCCGAGGCUUCGGAGCAAAAGUAGACGGGGGCAGUAGUUCUCCUGGGUGUCGUCGCCACGCCCGCGGGGUUCAGGCUGCCAUGGCUGUCACAAGGCUCUUUGACACAUCUGAUGCAGUGGAGCUCUUUGCUCCGCAGAGUCUCUACCUGAAGCCGAUCGCGAGGCUGACCAUCAGUGUGAUGUUCCCCAAGUCCAAGGUCUCCCCAAAGCUCAUUUCGAACUGGGAGCUCAUGGAGACCCUGAAGAAGAUGGUGUACCCGGAGCAGCUCACGUCGUUCAGAGUCUCACGCAGCACAAUGGAAUUCAUCCGCUUUGAGGCGGAGCUUGAGAACAAGAAGCUGCUGCAGACCGUGUGGGAGAAGAUUAACAACAAAAGCAUCAGGGUGAAUGGAAUCGAUGAGAUGGCGAGGGUUGUGGCGGUCGUGAGCCAAGUCAACUUUCCGAGCCCGUCGGACUGGGAGUCCUUUUUCAAGACGGCUGAGACCAUGAACGAGGCUCUGCCCGGGGAGAGGCCAGACACCAUUCAUAUGGAAGGGCUGCCUUGCAAGUGGCUGUCUUCAAAGCAGCUGAACAAGGAAAAGCCAGUGGAGGAGAUCCUGCAGAGGGUGUUCAGAAGAUUCGGAGAGAUUCGAAACAUAGACAUUCCCAUGUUGGAUCCGUAUAGGGAGGAGAUGACGGGGAAGAAGUUCAAUACCUUUAGCACUGGUGGCCUCCCUACCUUUGAGGCUUACGUCCAGUACCAGGAGUGUGCCGGCUUUGAGCGGGCGAUGGCAUCGCUGCGGGGAAUGAAGCUGGUGUACAAAGGUGAAGACGGAAAAGCUCUGGCGUGUAACAUAAAGGUGACCUUUGACACAACCAAGCACCUGAGUGACUCGGCCAUCGAAAAGCGGCAGCUGGAACGGCUGAAGCUGCAGGAGCUGGAGAGGCAGCGAGAAGAGCAGAAGCGGAGGGACAAAGAGGAGGAGCAGUUGAAGGAGGCCGAACGAAAACACAGGGAAGAAGAGCGGGUCAGGGAGAGGAGGCGGAAAGAGAAGCUGAGGAGGAGGGAGCAUAGGCAGAAAGAGAGUGGAGAGAGACGUCGUCAGCGUAAGCUGUGGAAGAUAGAGGUGGAGAGCGAGGCCAGUGCCUGGGAGGAGAGGAAACUGGUGCUGGCCCAGAGGAAGCUGGAUUCCUACAGGCUCCUCACCGUCCUUUUAAAUGGUGUAAGAGAAAUGAUUAUCCAGAAGAGCCAGCUUCCUGAGAGACAGACUGUGAAGUGUGACCAGAAGAGCGAGGGGUGUGAGCGUGCAGGAGGCAGUGUACUGAAGACACCUGAAGGAGAUACAACAGGGAAUAUGGGCUCACAAAGGGUGAAGUCAGAAGCAUGGAGGGGGGUUAAGGCGCAUGUUGAAGAUUUUGAUGGAAAGGUGCAGAUAUCGCUGAGUGGAAAAGAAGAGCCUUUGUUUCCCCAAGGCCCCAACUUUGCAGCCAGCUCCCCACCGCUGGAAGAGUGUGGUUUUUCCAGUCAGAUCGCAGCUGGGGAAGAAAUAUCAAUGCCAUAUGAAUCCGCGUCACUGCAAAUUACGGUGACACAAGACUGCAACGCACACCCACAGAGCUUGCACGCACCUGGCCAUGAAAACUGCUUGUGCAACGGAUAUUCACGGAAGGUUACUACUGUCGACCACCGUCGUCUUUAUGAGCACGGGGAUUUUCUCAGCUGCUUGCAGAAUUACCAUCAGCAUGUUAGGCCGUCAGAUCCCAACUGUGCGAGUAUCUGCUAUGGUGCUGGCAAGGCUGGGGACCACCCAGGCUGGUGUAGGACGGUCUCUGAGAACGGGGAAAGCUUUCAAGUGCAUCUGAGGAAUACGUCGAGUCCUCCUUGUAUUGACACCAGCAGCAAAAGGCAGAACAGGUGGCCAGAUAAUGAUUGUGACUGGAACUACAGAUGGACAAUCUCGGUGAAUGAGGCUGGGGUGCAACGGAGAGCCUUCAGUGGUAGCACCAGCCCUCAGCAGAAGGAAUGCAAGAUGCAGUUCCAGGUACACUGGAAGGAUGCCAGGAAUCAAAUAGAUUUUGAGGAAGAUCUUGCUAGUGCCUACCAGGUUCUUUUAAAAGAUAGUGUUGUCUUGGGUUGCAAAGAGGGGAGGUCAAUCAGCCAUCCUGAACAUCCAAGAGUAGAAGUAAAGAACUCAAGGAGACCUUCCAAGGAACCAUGGAGGAACCCCCUUAACAACUGGAAAGUUUCAAUUACAAACUCUCAGAAUAACCUGGUUCAACAAAGACGAAAGGAGGGUGAUCAAUACAAGGAUGUAAUUAACCAGCACAACAGCCUUUUGAACUCCCAGUACCAAGCUGAACCAUGCUGUACCAAGAAAGAAAGCACGAAUGAACAGAGUAGGGCAAAAAGAAAAAUGGAGCGCUUACAUGAAGAAAAUAUUUGUGAGUUUGGUGCUGACGUUGAUUGGUUAAAUUGCAAGUCAGGUUUUCAUCACAAUUCCUCAAACCAGGAGUUUAAUAAAGCGUCUGAAGAAAACAACAAUGUUCAAGCCAGGCACAGGAGUGACCUCAAGUACUCUUGGAAAGAAGGUAAAAGCAAGUUAAUAGAAGAACCUAAUAAUUCCGGCAAACUUUGCUUUGGGCACCAGAGGAACGACUUAUGGAAAGGGAAGAUUGCAGGAGAGAUUCCUGGAAAAGAGUUGGUCUUGACUAAUCAACUUUGUAAGGUCUUCAGUGAGGAAAUGAAGCAUAAAAAGCCAAGAACAGACUCAAAGACCAAGGUUAUUUCUGAAGCCAGGAACAAUAAAGAUAUACAGAAUCCUCUGGAUUCUAACAGGGAUUUGAAAACUCACUGGAAACACGUGAAAAGUGAACGUUUAGAUGAAGACUGCAGUUCUGAGAGAUGCUUUGCUAAUCACCCUGCUUUGCCUGGAGAUCGCUCAUCUUGUGAGACAGACUGUGGGCUUGAUUUGGGAGUCAAUGGAACCCAGACGUACUUUCACACACAUUUUGCUAAUGACCACAGGCUUUUCGAUGUUAACGUACACGAGCAAAAGAUGAAAAAGUAUGAAGCUGAUAUGAGCAAAUUUGAUCACUGCAGGUGGCCAAAGGGGGAUGAGUGCAAAUCAAAAUAAUUUGGUGUCUCUGAGAGCAACAAACAUCACUCAGCAUUUAUAUCCUCCUUAGUGUAAUAACACAAUCAGCCUCCUUUAUCUAAAUACUUUGUAAACAUUUCCAUCUGAUCUUGUAAGAAAAUGCAGUUAAAUACUAUGGUGUCUUUCUAAGCCAAAUAUUUUUGAUUUGAAAAUUAAAUGUACCUUAGGUAUGAAUAUUAGCUGAGUAAAUUCUAAAGUCUCACCUGUCCAGUAGAUUAACAAUGCCCCUUUCUUGCUGAACUGACUUAAAUGGCCUAAUCUAUAAUUUAGAAUCAACACACGAGUGAGAAGUUCUUCCUAGAUAUUUUGCAACUGAAGAAAAAGGAAAUACUUUAUGUCCACUCAGUGGCCACUUUAUUAGAUACUUCCUGUGUCAAGUAAAAGUGCCUAUGGAGUGUGUGCUUGUGGUUUUCUUCUGCUGUAGCCCAUCUGUCAAGGUUCAGAGAUGCACUUUUGCACACCGUUGUUGUAAUGCAUGAUUAUUUGAGUGAUUGUCACCUUGAAGCAGUCUGGCCAUUCUCCUCUGACAAGGCAGAGAACAGCCGCUCACUGGAUGUUUUUAUUUGCCUAUCGCACCAUUCUCUGCAAACUCUAGACACUGUUAUGCAUGAAAAUCCCAGGAGAUCAGCAGUUGCUAGAGAUACUCAAACCACCCUGUCUGGCACCAACAACCAUUCCACAGUCAAAGUCACUUAGAUCACAUUUCUUCCCCAUUCUGAUGUUUGGUCUGAACAACAGCUGAACCUCUUGACCACGUCUGCUUGCUUUUAUGCAUUGACUUGCUUCCACAUGAUUGGCUGAUUAGAUACUUGCAUUAAUGAGCAGGUGUACCUAAUAAAGUGGCCACUGAGUGUGUGUUUCCACAAAUUAAAUGGUAAACUGCCUUCUGCUGCCACAUCCCCCAGUCUGUGUGACUGGAGGAAACUAGGCUUGCCUCACCAUCUCACUUCAGGUUGAGGGACUGUGCGGUGCUUGUGUGAAUGACAUUAGUGACAAGGUAAUUCAUUGUGUCAAGCAGUACGAGGACAUGGAAAGAGCUACAGACACUUGGUUCCAUUCCUUCUGCAGCCAAGUCAAAGAUGCUGCAAGCUGUAACGGAACUGAGAACAAAAAUUACAAUUAUGUUCUUGUCUCCCACGUAAUCUCUGAGGAUUUCUUAAUUCUGACUCCGGGCAACACACUUUCCCAGUCUUGUAUUUUACUUUGCAGGUAAAUUUUUCCACUCAGUUAAUAUAAUGGGGCGGCAUGAUAGCACAGCUGUUAGCGUAACGCCUUACAGCACCGGCGACCCAGGUUCAAUUCCCGCCGCUGCCUGUAAGAAGCUUGUAUGUUCUCCCUGUGUUUACGUGGGUUUCCUCUGGGUGCUCUGGUCUCCUCCCAUAUGCUAAAGACAUACCAUUUAGUAGAUUAGUUGGUCACAUGGGUGUAGUUGAGGGGUGCUGGCUCGUUGGGCCAUAAGGGCCUGUUACUGAGCUGUAUCUCUAAAUAAAUAAAUAUAUAUAUCCUGUUAAUUUAUCUUGACAAUCUAGUUUGUAAGGGUCAUAGGGAACUGCAGCAUAAAGACAGACCUUUCAGCCCAUCUGGUCCAUGCCGAACAAUUAUUCUGCCUAAUCCUAUCAACCUGCAGCUGGAUCAUAGAGCUCCAUACCUUCCCAUCCAUGUAUUUAUCCAAACUUCUCUUGUAUUGAAAUUGAACCUGCAUCUACCAUUUCUGCUGGCUGCUUGUUCCACAUUUGCACCAUCCACUGAAUGAAGAAUUUCUGCCUCAUGUCUUCCUUAAACAUUUCACCAUUAAGAACAUAAGAAAUAGGAGCAGGAGUCGGCCUUCUGGCCCAUCGAGCCUGCUCUGCCAUUCAAAAAGCUCAUGGCUGAUCUGUCCAUGGAUUCAUCUCCACUUACCUGCCUUUUCCCCGUAACCCUUAAUGCCCCUACUAUGCAAAAAUCUAUCCAACCUUGUCUUAAAUAUAUUUACUGAGGUAGUCUCCACUGCUUCAUUGGGCAGAGAAUUCCACAGAUUCACCACUCUCUGGGAAAAGCAGUUCAUCCUCAUCUAUCUUUACCCCUCGUGAUUUGUGAAUCUCCCCUUAUUGUUCUGUGCGCCAGGGAAUAAAGUACUAACCUUUUCAACCUUUCUCUAUAACUUAUGCUCCCAAGUUCCCAAACAUCCUGUAAAUUUCUGGUAGGCCUUCAAUCUCACCAAUGUUUUUCCUGUAGUUAGUUCAAAUUUAGCAUAUUGCCACCCUACACGUGUAUGCUGCCAGAUGAAACGAUGUUCCUCCGGACCAAAGUGCACAACACAAUACAUAUAAAUAAUAAGGUGCAUUUACGACACAAUGAAGUGCUGCUGGUGCUUUGUAUGUGAUGGUGGCAGGGAGUUCUGUAAUCUCACAGCUUGGGGAAAGAAGCUGUUUUCUGUUAUUACAGUUCUUGUCCUAGUUCUACAGUACCUCCUGCCUGAUGGUAGGCAGUCAAAGAGCUUGUUGUGUGGAUGAGAGGGAUCAUUGACAAUGCUAAGGGCCCUGCGUAUUCAGUGCUCUGGAUAAAUGUCUCUGAUGGGUGUGUGGGACCCUUCUUGAUAUUGCUGGCCUUUUUCUUGCACCUUCUCUACAUACCUUAUGUCCUGGAUGGUGGUAGACUGUCGCUGGUCAUGCUGAAGGUUCUUCUUUUUAAAUCUGCCAAUGAACAUCAGAUCAAGUGUGCACAUAGGUUUUACACUGAAUAUUGACGUCCCUCCCCCACAUCACCAAGCAAUUGAAAGUAGCACUAAAUUCAAUCCAGUUGCUGUGGUAUAACGAGGAUUUAUAGUAAUGUUAAUAAUUAUAUAGAUCGUAUACUACAAUCCAAAGAAGAAAUCUGUUUUGGAGUAUUGCAUUUCAUUUUCAGACUCUGAUUCAUUUGGGAGGUUAAAAUUCAAAUUCAGAAUAUUUUCCCAAAGUGGAUUUCUUUCACUGUGAUUAUAUACAGAUAAAUACUUAAAUUGUGUUGGUAUCAGGAAAGGCCAAACAUGAUGCAGGCCUGCAAAGUUCAGGUGGAAUUCUACUUAAUACUUGAAGGCCUAGUUGCUGGUUGGUAAUGUUUUCUAAUAAAAUGUUAAAACAUAAUAUUUGGGAACUUAAGAAAAUGUUGUACCACAAAUAAUGUAAGAUGAAAGUACCUUGAAAUUUAUCUGAUUUUGACCAUUACAUUUCAGCUAAGCUAUCUUUGCCAGACUCAUAGGUAUAUUGCAAAUGAUUUGCAAUAUCUCCUGUUUUGUUCCAUGAGUGUAAAAAGAAAGGGGUAUUGUGCUUAUUUCCUGUAAAAUCUUUUAUCCAUUCAUUCUGUAUGUAACAUUGUACUGCUGAUAAUGACCUUGGUGACAAAACUCCAAGGAUUGAUUACGUGAGAGUAGUUCCUACCGAAUUCUAAUUAAAGACAGCUUAUUGUUAAAUUAUUA